CAAUCACUAGAGAUUCGCUGUCACAAAAACUGGAAAACUGUUUAUGUGCUUGCAACAGUUUUGCGGAACACUGCAUCCCUUUACUGGUGGAGAAAAUGGAGAGCGAUUUAGAUGUAGCCAAACUAGAUUCUCUACGCUUAUUGGUAAUUAUCGAUUGACACUUUACUAUUGUUUGCUAUUUAAUGUGAUGCUAGGAUUAAAAUAGGGAAAAAUGUUAUGAAUAAUGUUUUGUUUUUAAUGAAUUAGGCAGAGAAUUCAUAAAAGAUGUCUUUAUUAAGUAAUGGAGAGAGUGGAAGAGAAAAUUUAACUAUAAACUUAAUUUAACGAUUACUGCGACGUGCGUUAUUCCGUUGCUAAGCAUCAAGUAGCCAUUGGCCACCCAGAUACAAUUUACCGCCCAAAAUCGCUAUUCAAUUUGUAUUUUUUAAACUUGGAUGUUCUCCAAAAAAUUCACAUCUAAUCUGUGUUGGCAUCAAAGUUCUACCGUUUCACUGAAAACAACAUCACAUUAUUAUCCUAACGAUAGCCAGAAAUAAAAUAUUUUGUUUUUCGUUUCCGGAAAAAUUUUCAAAUUCGACGCCUGUUAGCAAAGUUUGCAUUUGAAAUUUUCCGAUAGUUGUUGUUUCUUGAAGCAUUUAGUAAUGGGCGGUGAUUGGUAUGUAAACAAAACUGCUGAUUCCUAAUGACCGGUCAGCGGUUUCGCACAAUUUCUUUGAUUUUUUCGCAUGUAGUAAGUUAUAAGUAGUAAGUUAUAAGUUCAGUUCUUUCUCAGCCUUUGGCUAGAUCGGUCGUUCUUUUCUUGCGCUCCAGAUUCUAGUUUGAAAGGCUAAAGUUAUUUUCUCUAUGUUUGCUAAAGUUCGGUGCAAAGUAUAGCAAUGAGUCCAUCUCCCGGAGAUCACCCGGGUCGAACAAUACCAGAAUGGCUAGAUCCGCAAAACUUGCAUGGCCACCUUUUCUAUAUGUUUCUCAAAGCUAGUGAUGGACAUACACUUCCCAACCCGUUUUUGGUCGGAAGGUCGAUAGAAAAACACGUAGGCAAGAUUGAGGGAGCGUUUUUCGAUCGCAUCAGGAAGUGGUACGUGUUGAAACUACGAAAUAUGGACCAAGGAAGAAAGCUGGAAGAAAUGAAGAAGCUCAUCGAUGGAACUCCCAUAGAAAUCGGUAGUCAUCCCAAUUUGAACCGACGUAAGUUCGUUGUUAGUUGCGGCGAAGUUAUCGACAUGACCGAGGCGGAUUUGUUAGCCGAACUAUUGUCACAAAAAAUUACCGAGGUCAGAAGAAUAACGAAGAAAACUCCAGCUGGCAUAAUCGGCACACCGACUUUAGUGCUAACGAUAAACAGCACGGUCAUCCCUGAAUUCGUGAAUUUCGGUCUCCUCCGAGUCCGAACGCGUUUGUACAUCCCACAGCCACUACUAUGUCGUCAGUGUUUCUCCUACGGGCACCCGAAGAAGCGAUGUCCGAACGAACGCGCGUGUAGCAUCUGUUCUAGCCAAAAACACGAUAGCAGCGAAUGCCCUGGCAAAAAAUUUUGUCGCACUUGUCAAUCACACGAGCACUCACCAGCCGAACGUACUUGUCCGAAGUGGGUUGAAGAAUCCACUGCUCUUCGGAUAAGCGCAGAACAAAAUUUAUCGCUUGCCGCAGCUCGUCAACAAAUUAAAAACAACAACAAUAUCAAGAUCAGCUACGCGAACAUCACCCGAUCAAGUAAAGAAAAUGGAACUCUACACCGCUUAGAAAAAAAUCAACAGCAAGAACAACAACAACCAGAAAAGCAACAACAAAAACAACCACAAAAACAACAAGAUAACACCACAAAACAGCAGCAUCCAAAACGUGAUCAUACAACUGUAGCAUCGGGACAACCAGCUAUUCCACCGACAACCCCGUCACCCCCUCGUAAGAAAACCCCUUCUUCUGCUUCUCCAUCUGACUCCACGGACAAAGGAGUUGGACAAGAGAGUAAUGUGUCAACCUCUGCCGCAGAACGGCAAACUAGUCUUAAGAAUCCCACCUUUUCCCCCAAACUCCAUCCAACAUCCUCCAACCCUUUCCAGCCCCCUAGUUUUAAAUUUAAAUUAAAAAAGAACCCCGGCACAUAAAAACUUUGUUAAAGUAA